AUGCAGGUGCGGUUUCAUUGUCGCCGUCAGUUUUCUGAGGUGAGGACUUGGGAGUUGUUGGCGAAGCUUGUGGAUGUGGCAUCUAGUUCUGGAGGUUCGAAUAUGAAUCUACACUCCACAGGACAUCUAGCUAGCUCUAGUGCGUGCCCGUUGGAUCCUCGUCAGCAGUGUCGCUGUGAUGCAUUAGUUGGUGAGGCUGGACUGUUGAGAGAGGGUGCUUCCGCGGCGCCCAGCUCUCCUCCAUUUGUUCCGGUUUUCGGAGAGGUUGGAGCACCCAAUGGGAUUGAGGAUGCAUUGCAUGUUGAUGAAGAUGAUGAUGUGGAGCCCGCAACAAUUGCUGAUGAUAGCAACGAGGAAACACGACAGACGACUCCGUCUGUGGGUGGGGGAGCAUCUAGUUCAGGAGGUGUAGCUGAAUUUCAAGUCAGUCAGCAGUUUCAGCAUAAAGAGAAAGUCGUGUUUAGCGUGAAGACCUAUAGCAUUCGCCGCGGAGUUGAGUACAAAGUAUUGGAGUUGGAUCAUCGCAAGUACCAUGGCAAGUGCAAGGAGUUCAGGAGCGGGUGCGUGUGGCUCAUCUGGGUCAGCCUCUGCAAGCACAAAGGGAUUUGGGAGAUAAAACGGUACAAUGAUCCUCAUACUUAUCUAACCAUAUCGAUCUCUAGUGACCACAGAAAGCUUGAUUAUCAUGUCAUAUCGGCCUUCAUUAUGCCCAUGAUCAGAGCUGACGCUGCCACGUCGAUUAAGGUACUACAGAAUGCCAUGGAAGCACACUUCGGCUUCAAAUCGACGUACAUGAGGGUUUGGAUGGCCAAACAGAAGGCCGUGUCACAAAUUUAUGGAGACUGGGAAGAUUCGUAUAAUGAGUUUCCACGAUAG